AUGCCUAAACGCGAGUUCUGGAGAGGUUUUUUCUGGCAGGAGGGCGGAUUAUCUCAGCAGAAAGUGCCAUCGUGCGCUAACGAGUCCAUGCCGCUUGACCGCUCCCGUGGUCGACUGAUUCACGAGUCUGGUGUGGAUUACUAUUCGCCAAAUUGCUCACGGACGAUUCAAGUUCCAAAAGAAACAGACCCCAAUAAGCAGCAGUUUCCUAUGACUUUGGGAUGGAAAGACUUUACAGAGCCAAGAUGGUGGACAGACACUCAUGGUUGGCUUGCCUUUGUUCCUCGCGAACCAAUGCUGGACCUCGAUUUGCUCCAUGUCACCCGAAGACUUCUUGCAGCUUACCAAAUUGCAGCAAUCGCUCCAUAUUCUCCUCGGGCCAAGGGUUAUCGGGCGUCUUUCACACAACCCCAUUCUAUCAAAAAAGCUGCAAUGCUUUCUCGAGAUUGGUUUUUUUGUCUGGAUGGGUUUACUAUCCUAUGGGGUGGCUCGAGCUGA